AUGGAGGUGAAAGACCACGCGGUCGCUGCUGUACUCAGUUCGGUGAAGCCACCCGCUGAACGGGUGACAUUGACCUUGCCGAUUUUGAACGCAGCUCGUAAUGUUGCCUUCGUCGUCACUGGUGCUGAAAAAGCUGCUAUCGUGAAGAGGGUUAUUGACGGAGACGACUCGUUACCGGCGGCUAUGGUUCGUCCGACGGACGGACGAUUGUACUGGGUGAUGGACGAACAGGUUUCCCGUGGGCUAAAUUAA